GAGAGGGUGGGAGGGAGAGGGAGAGAGCGAAAGAGAGAAAGAGAGAAAGAGAGAGACUCGUGCUUGCGAUCGUGCCGCGCACUAAAGCACGCAUUUCCAAGAGCGCGAGCUCGAACGCGCAACGGCGAAGAUCAGAACGCGAGAACGAACAGAAAGGACCGUGACCAAGACGACCACGAGACGAGGACGAGACGAGGACGAGACCAGACGAGACGGGACGAGACGAGACGACACGAGACGAGACAAGACGGAAACGUGCCGGUGACGCGGACGACCAAUUUUCGAAUCGAAACGCCAUACGACGACGCGACGACAUACGUAUGGACGUCGAGAGGACAAAGAGGAGGAACGUUUUCACGAUGCUUUCGGGCAUGCGGAGCUUUCAGCUCUGACAUGCGUCGGGAGCGGACUCAAGCUCGACGACACUCCUGCCGCCGCCGCCGCCGCCGCUGCUGCUGCUGCUGCUGCUGCUGCUGCCGCUGCUGCCGCUGCUGCUGCUAUUGUUGCUGCUACUCCUCUCCUUUUACGUGCGCCGUCGAGUUUUCCUCCUACGAGGGCUUUCUUCAAAAGCAGCGACGAAGACGACGACGUAUCGUCGAGUGAACCUUCAGGAAUUCGCUCGGUCGGAAGCUCACGCGAGUGCUCGACAACGCUUUUCUAGGAGUUGCCCGAUAAAUUCGAACGCGCCAUCGAAAGAAAAUUGCUCUUCUACUUUUUAUUAUUUUUCCGCGAUAACCCGCAACAUCUUUCGAUAUAUUUCUUCGAUUCGUCGUUACAGUUAAUUACGUGAAAAAGCUCCGACAAAAGCAAGAGAGGAAUAUUGCGCGCAUUCCCUUCGAGCACGUUACGAUUAAAAGCUCGCUGCUUUUUGUACGGCGAACGGUGGGAAAGACCGAUAAAAAGGAAAAGAAAGAUAGAAAGAAAGAUAAAGAGAUAGAGAGAGAGAGAGAGAGAGGGAGAGAGAGAGAAAAGGGCUCUCGUAAUUUUAAACACUCGUUUGGGCCCUUCGAUAUUCUUUUUUCACCGUACUACCCGACGCCGUCCUUCAUCGUCGAUCUUCACAAUUUUUAUCCGUCGAGACGCGCCGAAUCAUAUAUCGGUCAGGAAUUUUUUUCAACGGUACAUGGUUUAUAGAGAUUUUGCCUCUUUAUCGGUGAUGAUCCUGAGAGUGCCGCUCUUUUUCGGCUGAUCGCCAAGAUCAGUCGCACCGGCGUUCCGCGCGCGGAGAAUACGCUACCUAUAUAUUAAACGACAUUACAUAUUAUACGGAUCUCGUGCGAUUUGAAAGCGUGUUCGAGUUCGAGAUGAAGAUAGGUGCGAUAUUAUCACAAGCGAUAUACUGGUGAAUCAUGGAAAAAUAUAUAACAAAUACUAUGUAAGAAAGACUUCGUCCUGACGAAAAUUCGAUGGAACUCUGAGAAUCAAAAGACAGUUCGUUUCAACAUGUCGUCCGUUUUCGUUACUACUACUUUUACGUGAAAAGAGAAGGGUGAAGUGGGGAAGAGAUCGCAGCUUGCGAGCUCGUUAACUCGAGAAUGUAGUCAAGAAGAGAAGAGGAAGAUAGCGAUCGAAGAAAGGAUUCGUGUCGAGAAUGCUGGAAGACGAGUUCCUCCAGUGUUUUCGAGAGUUUAGCUGUUUGAGUCCGUAUCGUUCAAGGACGAAUCUUUGUCAAGGUCGGUCCUAACGCCUAGACGGCGCGAAGAUCGAGAAAGAGGAAGAAGAAGAAGAAGAAAAAGAAGAGAAAGCAGAGGAGGAAUGCAGUGGUACGAUGUGGAGGUUCGAGGUCAAUCUCGAGUCUAAUAGGAUAGGGAAUCGUGACAUCGUCGUGAUCGACGUCAUUUUCGACGUCGCUCUCGUCAUCGACGGCGGAGGUUUGCCGUUGAGAAGAGAGUACUGUCAGUGUUCGGAUGUUUCCACCAUCGUCGAUGACCUUGGCGAGCGAGGAACGCCUCGAGCAUACGAUGAGCUUCGUUAGAGAUCCUGGAAAUUUUCGAAUUAAAAGCGAUCUUGGCGAGAUCGAGAAAUAGUACUUGCAAGUGGUAGAUGAUAAGAGGAGGAAAAGAGAGAUAGGAAAGGAGAGAAAGAGAAAGUGAGAAAGAGAGAGAGAGAAAAGAAAGAUUCCACCGUCGAGCAUGGCCUCGGUGGCAGCGUGGCUGCCAUUCGCCCGUGCGGCGGCGAUCGGUUGGGUGCCGAUCGCCACACACCCACUGCCACCGCCGCCGAUACCGAAGGAUCGUCGCAAAGCCGACGACGAGAAGCUCCUUAUUAAUGUAAGCGGUCGUAGAUUCGAGACGUGGAGAAACACCCUCGAAAAGUAUCCGGACACGUUGCUCGGUUCGAACGAGCGCGAGUUCUUUUACGACGAGGAGAGCAAGGAAUAUUUUUUCGAUCGCGAUCCGGACAUUUUUCGUCACAUAUUGAAUUACUACAGAACCGGUAAGCUCCACUAUCCGAAACACGAAUGUCUGACGAGCUACGACGAGGAGCUCGCUUUCUUCGGCAUCCUCCCGGACGUGAUAGGCGACUGCUGUUACGAGGAUUACCGCGAUCGCAAACGCGAAAAUGCGGAACGUCUGAUGGACGACAAACUCAGCGAAAACGGCGAUCAGAAUCUUCAGCAGUUGCUCGAUAUAAGACAAAAGAUGUGGCGAGCCUUCCAAAAUCCACACAUCUCAACCGCGGCGUUAGUCUUCUACUACGUUACCGGUUUCUUCAUUGCCGUGAGCGUGCUGGCGAACGUGGUGGAAACCGUGCCAUGCGGUAAUAGACCUGGUCGCGCGGGUACGCUUUCAUGCGGCGAACGAUACAAGAUCGUCUUUUUCUGCCUCGACACCGCCUGUGUCAUGAUCUUCACCGCCGAAUACUUGCUCAGGCUUUUCGCUGCGCCAAGUCGUUGCAAGUUCGCGCGAUCGGUGAUGUCGAUCAUCGACGUAGUCGCUAUACUGCCCUAUUACAUCGGUCUUGGUAUAACCGACAACGACGACGUUUCCGGCGCCUUCGUAACUUUACGCGUAUUCCGCGUAUUCCGAAUCUUCAAGUUCUCCAGGCACUCCCAGGGCCUCAGGAUUCUUGGUUACACCCUCAAAUCCUGCGCAUCCGAACUUGGCUUUCUUGUAUUCUCCCUCGCCAUGGCCAUCAUCAUCUUCGCCACCGUCAUGUUCUACGCGGAGAAGAACGUCGACGGUACGAACUUCACCUCGAUACCUGCUGCCUUCUGGUACACCAUCGUUACGAUGACUACGCUGGGGUACGGUGACAUGGUUCCGAAAACGAUCGCGGGAAAAAUCGUCGGGGGUGUAUGCUCCUUGAGCGGUGUCCUAGUGAUCGCUUUACCGGUGCCUGUUAUCGUCAGUAAUUUCAGCAGAAUAUAUCAUCAAAAUCAACGUGCCGAUAAAAGGAAGGCACAGAGGAAAGCGAGGUUGGCUCGCAUCAGAAUCGCUAAAGCAUCGAGCGGUGCGGCUUUCGUCAGCAAAAAGAAAGCGGCCGAAGCACGAUUGGCUGCGCAGGAAAGUGGUUUGCAGUUGGACGAGAACUACAAGGAGGAGGAUAUUUUCGAGUUACAACAUCAUCAUUUACUUCGAUGUUUAGAGAAGACAACGGAUCGCGAGUUCGUGGAGAUGGAGGUGCCCUAUAACGGUGCCCCAAAGAGGCCAGGUUCGCCGUCACCACUGACGUCACCUGCCCACAGCACUGCCUCGAGAGGCGGCCUCCUACAGUCCUGUUGCGGUCGCUGCUACCCUCAGCGUUACCAGAGCUUGUCCUAUCAGCUCACCUCGAACGAGAGCAAGGAUAGAGUGGUGCUCGUAUAUGGCGACCGUAUACAAGUGCGGAAAAAGGACCUAAAGAAGCGCGGUUCCCACACCUGUGACAUGCAGGCCCUACAGCCACUUCCGGUCCCCACCACCACAACCAACACCGCGCCUGCCAUGACUACUUCCGGUGGGCAGCCACCGCUUCCGCUUUCGGAGACCGCUUGAGUACGAUCGAGACCAAUCACGAUCACCAUAUCCACUAAUAAGAUCACCUAUAACUAUCAUCGUUCUUCUCUACCGAUUGCUUCGAGAACGAACCACGGCCAACUGGCCAUGAACACGUAAAGAAAGAACGAAUACACGAGUCGACGAGAUAGAAGUUUCGAAAUGAACUACUACCUGGCAGAAAUAAUCGAGAGAUUAUUUGAAAAAUGAGGAAAAUUCAAGGAGAAGUUUCUCAAGAUAUACCAUCGGAUCGAGAAUGGAAUAUUCGAGCAAGAUAAAGAUUAAGAGAAUGGAAUAGAUACGAUUUAACUACGAUCCAAGAUAAACGAUCGGUUCUUUUCGAAGAAAUGUCGUAUCGGAUCUCGUCGAUGAGACUAUUAUGCACUGUUAAUUUCUAAUACACACACAGAGAUACUUUUGAUUUCGGCGAGAAAAGAGAAAAAGAUUGGAUCGACGAUUUUACAUAGGGAUCUUAAUAGCGAGAUUAAACGUCCAAAACGUUUCAACUGCGACCAUAAAAAUUCAUGGUCUCGUUGUAAUCUUCAGAAAAGAAAUUCUUCGCGUUUGACUGACGUUUCAGAAACAGAAAUUUCAUUGGAGCAUAUGACAGACGACUAUAAUGAUAAUACAUUAAUACUCUAGAUCCACAAAGUCAUUCGCAAAGGAUUGCUGUAGGAUUCCCAAGAAUGAUGAUUCGAACGAAUUGAGUUUCUACGUUGAAUUUGAAUCAUUAUUCGGGAUUCGUUUUAUCGAUGUUAAUUAUAUCGACAUUCAUCGACGUUCGAUAUAUUAUGAUGUUGUUUGCGCGCUUCUCUGUAAUUUGUUUAUCUUGCGAGAAAAGGAUGGAAGAACAAGAUGAGAAAAAGAAUGAGAUGUACUACAAUAGGGAAGAUAGACAAGUUGCAAUAUGAGAAAAUGGCACCAUAAUAUGCCUUACUCUGAGUCGUAUAGUUAUUUUUCAUAUCCCGCAAAAAUUUUUAGAUAUAUUCGAUAAUCUCAAACGGUGAGAUCGUGACGAUCUUACGAAUAAUUCAUAUGCGAAUGAUACCUUAAUAAAUCUAUGUACUUAUUUUUGUUGAUUAGGCGAUCGGGCUUCGGGUCGAACUUCGUCGUUUCCUUAAAGAGAAAUUUUUCACCGUUUCUUAAUACCUCGUUUUCUCUUGAUGCAUGUAUAUCUACCUACUUACUAAUAUUUAAUAUAAUAUCGAAAAUUAGAUUCUUUCGUAAUUAUCGAUCGUUUUUUUUAAGAUGUCGUUAAAAGCGUAUGCAAAGUACAUGCAGUGUGUCCCAAAAUUAAAAAUAACUAUUUUAAUGAAAUCGGCUGAAUUACAAAAAGGAAACAAAAAACUGACAUAAAUUUAUGUUUAUUAAUUAAUUAUGAUUCAAAAACGAUUGAAAUAUUUUAAAUCAAAAUUUUAUUGUGAAUAUGUGCUGUGCUCAAUACGUGCUGUAUCUCUAUUCCUGCAAAUUUUUAAUCUAUCCUUAGCGUAGCGAAAAAAAACACAUUUUCGAGUUAUUGUCUUAUAUAUGUUGAGUCUUCCAUUGACUUCCGCAACUGAAUAAUUGUCGUACUUGUUCGAUAACAAUUGUUUGUUAUGUGCUAUCCUCGUAUUCUUCCCAUCUCAUCGGGUAUGGAUUUAAUUAUUUUAAAUUUGUUCAUAAAUUCAUGAAUCGCUUUGUCUAUAGGAUGAUUCCAUUACAUUGCACUCCAUUGAUAUGGGAUAUUACAGCAAAGAUGGGUUCUUAUGUAUUUAUUGAUAGAGUUCUGAAUUUAUUGAUAGAGUUGUGAAUGAGAAUAAAAUUUGAGAAUUUAUAUAUUUUUAAUACACACUGGACAUAAUAAACAUAAAUAAAAGUGAGUUUUUAAAAACACUGUCCGAUUUCAUCGAAAUAGAAAAUUAAUUUUGCUACACACUGUACCUAUGUACAUAUUCGAUAAAUUUUGAAGAUAUUUAGUCGUCUUCAUCUUAGCUAUAAUUCUGCGUUAUCUACCUACCUAUUUAAUAUAGAAAGUCUUUAGAACGAAAGAUGCUUAGAAUUUACGGACUAUCAGUAGUUUCGAUGAAUCGACGUAGUUCCCGAAGAACUUCUCUACGAUAAUUAUACUUUGCGAUAUUGCUCACGAAACAUUUCGUUUUGUCUCGAAUAUAGAGAAAAGACGAAAUUUUUUUAGCUGAGUGAUAUAAAGUGCGAUUCAUUAAGGGUCUCGUGUCUGUCUGGAAUUGUCGAUAAAACGGAAUAACAAUGUUUUAUUUCAAAUUUUUAUCCAUGCCAACCGCGAUGUCCAAAGCGGAGCUAAAUAGUGAAUACAAGAGAAAUUAUUGUCCAUGUGUAUAAAUAAUAUCAAUAAUAUUGAUAAUAAUAAUAAAUAUAAUAAUAAUAAUAAUAAUAAUAAUAAUAAUAAAUAACGAUGGAAUGGAAGAGAGAAACAGAGACAGAGAGAGAGAGAGAGAGAGAGAGAGGGAAAAGAGAGAGAGAGAGAGAGAGAGGAGAGAGAGACAGGGACCCACGUACCUUUGUAUUCUAUUAAAACUAAAAAUAAGAUAAUGCCCUCGUUCUUUCAAAGUUCCGCGUUCGGUCGUGCCCGAUCGCGAAGAUAUUUUAGACACGAUACUUAAUUAAAAAUCGCUGGACGUCGAUUUGAAGAACGUCCCUCCCGUCGUUGUUUCGCUGUACGAUCGAUCGUUGAGACGCCUUCGGUAGACAGAUAGUAGAUUUUCCAUUUAAUUUAAUUUAAUUUCUUCGCGAUAAAUGUAAUAUGAAGCUUAAAUUAAACAAUGCGAUUAUUAAGGAUUUUUACGAUACAUUCCUUCAACGCGUUUACGUUGUUCCACUUAUAAGGUGAUGUCCUAUUGUGAGUAGAUUUUUUAUUUACUCUCCGUGUAGAUUGGUGUAACAUAUACAUAUACAUAUACACGCAUAUUAUAAGGGAAUUAAUGAAGAAUUUGAGAAAGAUAGAAAGAGUUCGUAAACUAUUAUUUGGACAUAAUGAGGAUACGCUUAAAUGUCCUGACGUUUUUCAAUCGAGUAUCAUAUAUGUAUAAUAAUUUGUUGAAAUAAAAAGAAAAAAAUAUAGACGAGUAUAAAAACAGAACUUGUUGAGAGAAUUUAAAAAGUGAUGGACGAAUGAUAUCUCGACUAACGAUCGAUCGAUACAAGCGCGUUAUAAUAUCAUACGGAGAAGAAAAGAGAGAUAAAUGAAAAGAGAAAAAGAAUGCUCGUAAAAAAAUAACAGUACCGAAUAUCCGUGUAACCAGGAUAUAAAUAUAUACAUUCUAGGUUGUAAAUAUUUCGUCGAAGUUCGUGAGAAACACUUAUUUGCGUUGAAUGUAAUUAACUUUGUAAUUAUCUGUAACGAUCUAACUUUGAGUCGAAGAAGAAAACGAAAAAAAAGUACAGAGAGAAAUAACGUAUAUAUGUAUAUAUACAUAUAUAUAUAUACACACAUAUAUAUAUAUAUAUUUAUAUAUAUACACAUAUAUUAUAUUAUAAACAUUAUAUUACGAGUGAAAAGCAGAGAAACAGAGAUUAUACAUAUACGAGACAAAUUCACUCUCUCUCACACACACUUGAAGCACUAUGCGUCGCGCAAUAAAAUAAAUUCUAAAUCGUUUCAAACUACUAGUAUGCGUGAAAGUUUGAAUGUGUUCAAGGUUUUAAGAAAGAAAGAGAGAAAGAGAGAAAGAGAGAGAGAGAGAGAGAGAGAGAGAAACAGAGAGAGAGAGUGUGGUCGAGCGAAUAUGUUGUGUGCAUGUAUGCAAGAGAGAUAAAGGGAGAGAGGAAAAAAGAUAGAACAAAAGAGAGUAUAUACUUGUGUGUCGUGAAAAAAGAAGGUUUCUUGUCGUUUUAAGCCACAAUUAGAACCACUGUACAAGGUAGUAUUAAACAAAAAGAAAAAAAAAACAAAAAACAUGAAGAACAAUAUGCAAGAGCAGUUUGGAAUUAGAAUUGAAGAGAUAGAAAGAGAAAUAGGGAGAGAGAGAGAAAGAAAGAGGAAGGGAAGAAAGAUUUAAAGUUAGCGAGAGAGCUUUUCCGUCGCAAGAAAAUUUCAGGAUUAGCCAUUAAAAGAUAAUUAAUUUCGUUUAUCAUGGGUAUCAGCGUAGCACACAGUGCGCAACGUGAUGUUUUAGUUUCUUUUAUCCUCCCUCUCCUUUCAUUAAAAUAUGGCGAUUAAGAAACAGCAGGGGCUGCAAAAACUUUUUUCGCCCUCCUUUCUCGUGUGCCAAACUUACGGAAGUUUAUCGAGCCUCGUUCAUAUUUUUGAUUAAAGUCGAUGAAGAUAGAAAAUUCGUCGAUCACUCCCCUUCUUUUAUCGGAGUUUUAUUCCCAGUAAAGUAUGAAAGGCGUCUACGCAACUAUGAGAUGCAAUUCAAUCAGUCGCAUUUAACGCGUCUUGUACUUUAUGAAUUAGAUAUUUAUUCGACUUUUAUUUCAAUUUCGAGUCCUUUGUUUCCUUUGCACUGGCACGUUUUACGUGUAUAAAUCUUAGAAAUACUGAUGUUAAACUACGAUACGUUGAUACGAGUUAUUAGAAGCCGACAGAGAGCGUUCGAUCGAUCACGUUUUGUACUUUGUGCUUGAAACGAGCCAUCCGUGUGUAGAGAGUACGUAAUUGAUUGAUUGAAUAAUUAAUUAAUAAUUGUAAGUAACGCAAGCGAGUAAGAUAA